AUGCUCAUCGGCUCAGCCGACGGACCAUCCGAAGCGGUCACCAGGAUGACCGAGGUAUACAAUCACCCUCUAACAUACGCCGAAAAAAUCCUCUACAGCCACCUCGACACCACCUUCGACGAGCGCAUCGAGCGCGGCAAGACCCAACUCAAAUUACGCCCGCAACGUAUAGCAUGUCAAGAUGCCACAGCCCAAAUGGCUCUUAUCCAGUUCAUGUCCGCCGGACUAGACACAGCUGCUGUGCCUACGACGGUCCAUUGUGAUCAUUUGAUCGUCAGUCGUGACGGCGAAACGCAGGACCUCGCGCGAGCGCUCGACAAUCAUAAAGAGGUGUACGAUUUUCUCGAGUCCGCAUGUCAGAAAUACAACAUGGGUUUCUGGAAGCCUGGCGCAGGAAUCAUUCACCAGAUUGUACUAGAGAACUACGCCUUCCCUAGUGGGAUGAUGAUCGGCACGGAUUCGCAUACCCCCAAUGCGGGAGGUCUGGGCAUGAUAGCUAUCGGGGUCGGCGGUGCUGAUGCUGUGGACGUGAUGGCUGGAUUGCCACUGGAGCUGCAGGCGCCCAAGGUAUUGGGUGUUCGUUUGACGGGGCAGUUGUCCGGAUGGGCAUCGCCGAAGGAUAUUAUCAAUGCCGUUGCUGGGACGCUUUCGGUCAAGGGAGGAACAGGGUCCAUUAUUGAGUACUUUGGACCUGGGGCGCAGACUUUAUCAGCUACUGGAAUGGCAACGGUUUGCAAUAUGGGUGCAGAGACGGGUGCCACGACGUCCAUCUUCCCUUAUGCGCCGCAGAUGGCGGAUUAUCUUCGUGCUAACCAUCGCCAUGAGAUGGCUGAUGCGGUUAAGAGCAUUGCGCCGGAGCUGCAGGCUGACCAGGGGGCUGAGUAUGAUAAUGUCAUUGAGCUGGAUCUGUCAACUCUCGAGCCACGCAUCAAUGGACCUUUCACGCCGGACUUUUCGACGCCGGUUUCGCGGUUCGGCGAAGCCGCAGCGGAGAAUCAGUGGCCGGGUGAAUUGACGGCAGCUUUGAUUGGUUCGUGUACUAACUCUUCAUUUGAAGAUAUGGGACGUGCAGCUAGUCUCGCUCAGCAGGCAUUAGAUGCAGGGUUGGAACCGAAGAUGCCGCUUUUGGUAUCCCCGGGUAGUGUUCAGACGCGCGAGACGUUGAAAGAUGCUGGCAUCUUGCCAGUCUUUGAGAGACUCGGUGCGACGAUGCUUCCCAAUGCCUGUGGACCAUGCUGUGGGUCUUGGGAUAGAGUUGACAUGCCAAAGGGCACCCCUAACUCCAUCAUAACCUCCUACAACCGGAACUUCUCCGGUCGAUUGGACUCCAACCCAGCAACCAACGUAUUCCUAGCAUCCCCCGAGCUCGUCAUUGCAAAGGCCUUCUCCCGCGACCUAUCCUUCGAUCCAACCACCGACACGCUCCCUACACCAUCCGACGAGCAAUUCCAUUUUCUCCCGCCAACCAGUGACUCCCUCCCCUCAAAGGGCUACCUCUCCUCCGACUCAGCCUACGCACCCCCGCCCGCAAACCGAGACAACAUCUCCGUCAAAAUUGACCCUUCAUCUCUCCGCCUCCAGAAGCUCUCCCCAUUCCCACCCUGGCCCGGACACGACUUCGAGAACUGCGCCAUCCUGAUCAAAACAGCCGGAAAAUGCACAACAGACCACAUUACCCCGGCCGGUCCAUGGUUCCGCUACCGUGGACACCUCGAAAACAUCUCCAACAACACGCUAAUUGGGGCAACCAACGCCGAGAACGGCAAGGUGAACAGUAUUCGGAACCAGCUCACGAAGCAAGACGGACAGGAAGUGCCCGUUACAGCACGUCACUACAAAGAAAACGGCGUGCCGUGGGUGGUCAUCGCAGACCAUAACUACGGCGAGGGCAGUUCGCGGGAGCAUGCGGCGCUGCAGCCAAGGUAUCUAGGUGGUGUGGCGAUCAUCGCAAAGUCCUUUGCGAGAAUUCAUGAAGCGAAUCUGAAGAAGCAGGGAUUGCUGGCGUUGACGUUUGAGAAUGAGCAGGAUUAUGAUAGGAUUAGGGCCGAGGAUCGGAUUAGUAUUAUGGGGCUUGGAGAAGGGGAGUUUGUUCCGGGGAGCACUUUGAGGUUGGUGGUCAAUGGAGGCGAGUGGGAAGCUGUGCUCAGACACAGUUUUACCGCGGAGCAGAUUGGGUAUUUUAGAAGUGGGAGUGCGUUGAACCUGAUGGCAGGGAAGUAG